AUGGGCACCCUGGCCGAGCUCGUCGGCGUGCCCCUGGAUGUCCUCGAGGAGUUCGUCAGGCGGCGCUGGGGCAACACCGCGCGAUACGGUCCAAAGAUCGUUCCGCAGAACAUCGAGGCAUUGAAGCUCGGCAAGCAGGCCGCCGCCGAGAGCGGCUUCAGCCUGGGCGAGCUGGCCCCGCCCGAGCCCCCCCAAUACGAGCAGAUAUUCACCAAUGGCAACUACGCUCUGGCCCUUGGCGCGGUUCACGCGGGCCUGAACUUCUACGUCGGCUAUCCGAUAUCUCCCGCAACUACGAUCCUGGUAUGGAUGGAGGAGCAGCUGGUCGGCGACGGGCAGUUCGUAUACCAGGUCAGCUCCGAGAUCGAGGCCAUAAACGCGAUCAUCGGCGCGGGGUACGGCGGCGCCAAGUCAAUGACGGCGACUGCGGGGCCCGGGUUCUCGCUGAUGAGCGAGGGACUGGGCCUGGCCUGGAUGGCCGAGAUACCCUGCGUAGUCGUGGACGUGCAGCGCGGCGGCCCGGCCACGGGCCUCCCGACCAAGACGGAGCAGUCGAACCUGUUCGCGGCGCUGCAUCCGGCACACGGCGACGUUUCCCUGCCGGUGAUCGCCCCGGGCACAGUGGAAGAGUGCUUCUACGCUGCCGUCGAAGCAUUCAACUGGGCGGAGAGGUACCAGGGACCCGUAAUCGUGCUUAGCGAGCACGCGCUCUCAGAGCGAGAGCAGAACUUCCGCAAGCCGGACCUGGACUCGAUUCCCGUGGAAAACCGGACGGUCUACGAGGGCGGCAACGGCUACCUGAGGUAUGAAGCGUCGGAGCUGUCGCCGAUGCCCCUUCCGGGGAGUCCCGGCAGCUACGUCGCGAACGCAAGCGAGCACGACCCGUGGGGUGACACCACCCACCUGCCGCAGCGGCACGUCGAGAUGACCGAACGCCGUUUCAGCAAGCUGAAGCUCCUGGAAGACGGCACCUAUGAGUCUCAGAAUAUCGACGCGCCCGUGGCGGUCAUGCCCUGGGGCGGCUCGAAGGGUCCGUCCAUAGAGGCCUACCAGCAGCUCAUCGCGGGCGAGGUGGACGUGGCUUGGUACUUCACCAUGUACCUCAACCCGCUGCCGCCGAUGCUGCUUGACGAGCUUCGAGAGAAGGAGUUGGUCAUAGUGCCCGAGCUGAACUACCAGGGCCAGUUCUCGUCCUACUUGAGAUCCAAGGGCGUCAGGGCCGAGUCGAUAACCCAGUACACGGGCCUACCCUUCAAGGUCAGUGACCUGGUAGAGCGCAUCUCCGACAGAAUCGCCGCGACCCGAAAGGAGCGUGUGGCCGUAUGA